AAAAUAGCCCAGUGGCAGGGAGGGGACUGGGCUGGCUUCAGACCCCAGCGGAGGAUCCAAAUGAAUCAUGUGGACAACUUUAUCCUCCCAUAACACAGAAACAGAUAGAGAGGAGGACUGAAGAUCCAAUGAUACACAACUGAAUAGGCUAGCAACCCACCAAAUAAGAGGAUUUAAAUCUCUAUUAAAGAAAACCAAGUGUGUGAAUCUGGAGGCCGAUUUUGGAAUAUGAAACUUAGCGUGGCUUUAUGUUUUGCUGGGGUCUUUGCUGCUUUGGGAGCAGCAUUUAUCUUCCUUUCUUUUGGAACUGAUUACUGGCUUUUAGCCUCGUCAACCUGCGUCCCAGAAGAUAAGGACUCUAAAGACAGUCUGACACUGACGCUAGCCGUUGAUGUGGUGCACGACCAAAGCGGCAAGACCAAAUCAUUUCACUACGGUUUCUUCUGGACUUGCUUCCUUGGAAAUAUUCCGGUUGAAUUUCUCAACGAGACGUUGACAAACCCGCUCUUUGACAAGUCUUCCUUAAAAGUCUGCGUCCCUGGCUACCUGUCCCCUUUCCCAGCGUCAGGUCCUACCAACAAUGCAACGACAGACAAUACAGCUAUCAUCUAUGGAGGCUUCUGGAGGGUCUUCAUGCUCAUUAGUGUGGCAGCGGUAACUCUCGGAGGGUUCCUCAUCAUCUGUGCGGCUCCGUUUGCGAACCACUGUUUGUACAAAGCAGGAGGCGGCCUGUUCCUGACAUCUGGUUUGUUCAUGCUGUGCGCUGUGGUGAUGCAUGUGGUGUGGCUUCAGGUCCUGGAUGUGGUCCAAACCUUCAUCAACGAACAGCGAGCUUCCCAUUGUCCAGACUUCACACUGAACCUCAGCUACGGCCUGUCCUUUGUGUUUGCCCCCAUCGGGAUCUUCUUCUCCCUCUUGGCGGGGCUUCUGUUCCUGCUCAUCGGUCGAACUGUAAAGAUUCACCACUGAUUGAAAAGUUUUCUCCUUUCGCGCCCGUCUGAUUCUGAGUCAUCGGGACUCUGGAUUCUCUCUCUCCUCUGUGGUUUUAAUGAUCUGACAAGCUUGAAUAUUUUGGCGUGAGACACUUGUUUUGUUUUCUUGUGCAGUUUUGAUAUAUAAUAGCCUGAGAAACAGUGCGAAGAAAACAUAUUUAUACCCCUUUUACUUUUUCCACUUCUGUCAAUUUGCAGUCUAAAAAUUAAGUCCAUUUAUAUUGUUUUUAGAUUGAUCAACACAUAGCAGUACAUAAUUGUGAAAAGGGAGAAAAAGAAUAACUUUUACAGAAUGGUGUGCUUGCACUCACCCCCAUUUACUCUGUUGCCAAUUAAUAAAGUCCAGUAGAGGCAGCUGUCUUGGAAAGUCACUUGAUUGGAAAAUAUUUGAGUAACUAGAUCUCAGUCAAAAUCCAGCUGCUCUGCGAAGGCCUCAGAGGUUUCUUAGAAAAAUAUUAGAGAACAUUAAACUUUGUAAACUAGAUAAGAAAAGGAAACUUUUGAUCUCAGAAAGUAUAAAACUUGCAUAGACAUACUCCAAAAAAUGAACUUCAUUAAAGUCCCCCAAAUAAAUUGGAUUCUGGUAUAAAUUUCAUUGUCCAAGUUUCUUUAAACAGUCAGAAAGUUUUUAUAUAAAAUAUUCUUAUUCAGCGGCUUUUAAUUGCAACAAAAGGGAAUUCUACAAAGUAUUGGUUUCCAGAGGGUGAAUAUAAAAGUAUGACAUUAUUCCAGGAUUUUUAUUUUAGGAAAUGUUGAAAAUCUUGUAACAUUAUGAUCAUCACUGUUAUCUCAUGCAUUUUGCUGGUCGAUCAUAUAAAAUCUCAAGAUUUCUGUCAGAUUUGUUCAUUAGGGGUUGUAAAUACAUUUUCUCAAGGUUCUGUAUUUUUUUUAGGUCACUUUGUAAAAAUGUUGUUUUUUUUUAUUUUUAUUUUGUUGAACAAUGCUUAUUUUCAUUUUAUUUUAUUUUAUUUGCUUUAGCGCAAGAAGUUGAAGGAGUAUAUUUCUAUAUCACGAGUCCAAAAUCUGGGUGCAGGAUUGUCCGUAUUUUUCAAGCUGUGCAUUCACAAUAGAGGAAGCAACAAUAUCUAUAAUAGUUUUUGUCAAAGAAUGAAUCUGUGUGAUUUCCCUGCAGCAGAGUGGCUUAUGCAUGAUGCUAAGUAUUACGCUGCAGUUGUAGGUAUAAAGGCUUCAGUUUUAUUGGUGCACUGUUCAAGCUUUAUACACAGACCUAUCAGUAGAUUUUUAAAAUAUAAUUAUUGCUGUUUUAGUAAACAAUUUUGCAGUAUGAAUGCUUUUAUUUCAUACAAAAUAGAAAAGCAUUUUUAGGCUAUCGCACUCACAGUUUCAUCAUUUUCUAAGAGAUAUCAGAUUGAUAAUGAAGAUGAAAUUGUAGAAUAUCCUGGUGACUUUAUUCUGAUGUGAUGAUGUUACUUACUGGUCACGUUGGUUCAUGUCUGUAGCAACAGUUUAUUGUUGGUGCUUUUACACUAUUUGCUGUAAAUGAUUUUGUCACAACUGCAAUAAAUAUUAAACUGUUUGUGCUCUUUGA